AUGCUACCAGAACUUCGACCUGGUUACCUUAUUUCUGUCAUAUUCUGUGUCAUUGCAUUUGUAUUUAUUUCCAUUCAAGUCUUUAGAAAUCCAAAUAGAUUAAGGCUAUUUGUAUUACUUUACAGCAUCAUCACAUUACCAGCUAACAUUAUCAAUGUACUUACUGUUCAUCAAAUCCUACCGCCUGUGGCCAAUGUUCUUUCAUUUACGACAUCCACUUUGAUCAAAGUCAUUGCCCAUUUUUUAAUGAUCGUCAGCGUAGGCUAUCGAUUACGUAUGGAUGAUGGCAUCUGGAAACAUCCACUCAUCCUCUUUGGUUCCUUCUUCCUCACCUGCACCGUCGUUGCUAUUAUAUUGGAAACAAUUGCUGUUUGCACACACGAAAGAUAUGCUGCUUACGAACCGUUGUUUUAUGAAUUUAUUAUUGGAUUAAUAUCUGCUAUCUUGAGCGAUGUCUGUGCUUUCAUAUUUACCUUUUUACCACUUCUCUAUCGGAAAAAGGAAAGAAGGUCCCACGAAGGGUAUUCGAGGACAACGGCCCUGGGCAUAUGGUUUUUUAGCACACAAUGUACAUGUUAUAUUCUACAAGUCUCUUGUUACAUAUGGUUUCUGGCAUCAUACAACUGGGAUAAUUUUAGUAUCCUAUUGGCCAUUGAUUAUGCUAUACGCUUCAUACAGAAUUUACUCUACACCUGUCCACCACCUCCGAUACUCAUUGAUUUCCUUACAAUCGAGCUGGCUGAACCCUCCAUUGAUUUAUCAACCAGACAAUCAAAAAAGAACAAGAAAAAAAAAGAAGCCAAGAGUGAAUUGGUAAUGUCGUCCGAAAGAUACAAUCAAAAGACGCAUGUUGAAUAUGAACCAAACAUGUUUAGAGAAGAUGUAGAGCAUAGACCUUCGAUUUAUGACGCAAGCAAGUUUGAAAGUAGCGUAACGAUCAUUCCGAAGUCUUGA